GUUUCGAACUGGACCAAAAUUCCACCACCACUUUUCAAAAAAGUUGUCAUUGUUCUGAUAGAUGCUUUGAGAGACGACUUUGUGUUUGGAUCCAAAGGUAAACAGUUCAUGCCGUAUACUACACAAGUUGUUGAAAAAGGGACAUCCUACAGUUUCAUUGCUGAAGCGAAGCCACCCACUGUGACUAUGCCUCGAAUUAAGGCUUUGAUGACCGGUAGCAUACCUGGUUUCAUUGAUGUUAUUGUGAACCUCAAUUCUCCAGCUCUGUUGGAUGACAAUCUGAUAUGGCAGGCAAAAACAGCUGGGAAAAGAAUAAUCUUUUACGGUGAUGAUACUUGGGUUAAAUUGUUUCCAAAACAUUUUGUGGAAUAUGACGGAACAACAUCCUUUUUUGUGUCAGACUUUACAGAGGUUGAUGAUAAUGUUACCAGGCAUUUGGAUAAAGUGUUAAAGAGAGAAGACUGGGAUCUCCUAAUACUACAUUACUUGGGGUUGGACCAUAUUGGACAUAUGACUGGGCCAAACAGCCCGUUAGUAGGACCAAAACUUCGUGAAAUGGAUAACAUCCUGAAGAAGAUUCAUAUUUCUCUUCUUUCAAAGGAAGAAGAAGCUUCUCUGCCCAAUUUGCUGGUUGUUUGUGGGGAUCAUGGCAUGUCUGAAACAGGUAGUCAUGGUGGUUCUUCAGAAGGAGAAGUGCACACACCACUGCUGUUUAUCAGCUCUACUUUUGAAAAGAGAAGUGGUCCUCUAACCCAACCUGAACUUGUGCAACAAACUGAUUUAGCUAGCACACUGGCAGUAGGUCUUGGUCUACCAAUUUCAAGAAACAGUGUUGGGAACCUUAUAUUGCCAGUUGUGGGAGGCAAGACAAUGAGAGAACAACUGCGUUUUGUGCAUUUGAAUGGGUUCCAGCUUAGCAGGCUGCUGCAAGACAAUACACCUGCGUAUGAAAAAGAUCCUGGUUAUGAACAUUUUAAGAUAGCAGAAAAGUCACACAGUAAUUGGAUCAAGCUGUAUUUAGAGGGGAAUAAUUCAGAAAUACUCUUAAAUUUUGGCAAAAAGGUCCUGAAGCAAUAUUUGGAGGCCCUGAAGACUCUGAGUUCUUCGUUAAGCAAACAAGUGGCACACUAUGACAUGUAUUCGAUGAUGGUGGGGACUGUGAUCAUUAUGGAGGUUCUGCUGCUGCUUUUGCUCAGCGUUCCAAAAGCCCUGAGCAGCCGGGCAGAAUUUGAAGUGCCCCUCUUCUCUCCACUAUUCUCUUUGCUGUUUUACUUGAUGUGUCUGAUGCUAUGUGCAGUUCACGUCAUUGUAUGCACAUCAGCAGAAAGUUUAUGCUAUUUCUGCACUAUGUCCUGGUUAACAGCAGUUGGAGUGAUGAUGCUGAUUUCUGCACUGAUGUGUGGCAUUUUAUCUGUCAUUGCAAAGAUCUUUCAGAAUUCCAGACUUCCACAGAAG